AUGACUACAGCCGGUAUUCACCCAACAAUCCUUGUCAUCCACGGGGCAUGGCACCACCCGGACUUCUAUGCCAACUUCUGCAAAGCAUUCGAAAAGCUGGGGUAUGAAACAAUUUGUCCUCGCCUUCCAACCUGCAACGAUGAUAUACCCUCAACAAAGAAAUUGGCAGAUGACGUGACACUCAUCCGUCAAACCGCGCAAUCACUCCUCGAUAGCGGGAAGCUCGUCAUUGCGGUGAUGCAUUCCUAUGGAGGAAUGGUCGGCACGGAGGCCUUGCAUGGGCUGGCGAUCAAACAACUGAUAUACAUGACGGCAUUUGUGCCUCCGGCUGGAAACAGCCUAGCUGGCAUGUUUGGAGGACGUUUACCUCCUUUUGUCACAGUUGAUGAGGAGAGGGCUCUACUAACUGUCCCUGAUCCGGCGACCUGGUUCUUUAAUGACCUUCCUCCUGCGGAUGCAGCUGCCUGGGCAAAGAAGCUCGUAGUGCACCCAAAAUCUGCUCAAUUCGACCCGGUCACGCAUGAGGCAUAUCAGACCAUUCCCACUACAUAUAUUGUGUGUGAGAAAGAUGCGGCUCUUAUCCCAAUGGUACAAAAUAUGAUGAUCGAUAAUGUGCGGAAGGCGGGAAUCACUGUGGACGUGGAGAGACUCCCAGCGAGCCAUAGUCCUUUCUUGAGCAUGCCUGAAGAGACUGCCAAGUUGGUGCUAAAGAUCGCUCAAAAGUGA